CUUGGUGCUUGUAUACUGAUGCAAAUUACAUCCAGAGAAAGUCUCAGAAACUUAUCCUCUCGAUUGAGCUCAGUACCUCGCCCUAUUUGCGUGGCAAAAAAUAUUCUAUAUUCCAGUGGGGCAGGGAAUCACCAGCGGGUUCUCUCAUCCAGUCCAAACUUGAAUCUCUAAAUUUAGUAAAGCACCGACUCCAAUUCAACCUCUCAGCCAGUAGAGGGUAGUCGCUACCUACCAGUAGAGGGGAGUCGCUACCUACCUAAAGAACUCUGACCGACUGAAACUCUGCUCCUGAUACCGUGGGUCUCCCGUCAUCUCUCAAAGCGGGUGAUGUCUAAGGAAAGAUGGCGGAAGGAGGAGUGGCUGAUAUGGAUACCCAGAGAGGAGAAGUCGCAGCACUGCUGAAAACACAGCUAUGAAAGGGACAUACUUGGUACCUAGUGGACAGCCACUGGUUCAAACAGUGGAAGAAAUAUGUGGGCUUUGACAGCUGGGACAAAUAUCAGAUGGGAGACCAGAAUGUCUACCCUGGACCAGUGGAAAACUCGGGGCUCCUUACAAGUGCCAUACAUGACGCAGAAAACGGACCGAUUUCUCCUGCACAAAUAAUCUUUCAGGAAAAACUGAACAUUUGCUAUCUAACUGAGUCUCCUCAUUGAAAACAUCCGAAGUUCUUCAAAGUUGGGGAUGUUCUGGCCAUCAAGGAGCACCUCAUUGAUGAGCUGGACUACAUCCUGAUCCCACCAGAAGGCUGGAAUAAGCUAGUGAGCUGGUAUGCACUGAUGGAGGGACAUGAGGCCAUCUCACGCAAGACACCAUUGAGAAGGAGAUGCGAAAACUGUUCAGUAUCCCAGACGAGAAAGAGACCAGGUUGUGGAACAAAUACAUGAGCAACACGUUCCAGCCUCUGAACAAACCGGACAGCACUAUACAGGACGCAGGACUCUACCAAGGACAGUGUUUAAAUGUUCCUCCUCUCACCGAGUAUUUCCUGAAAGACAAGUACAACGAAGAGUUGAACGAGGACAACCCUCUGGGAAUGAAAGGGGAGAUCGCCAAGGCCUACGCUGAGAUCACCAAGCAGUCGUGGUCUGGGAAGUACAGCUACGUCACACCGUGGUGGUCAUUUACUGUACCAGGGUUGGGGUCAAGUCCAUUUCCAUUCCAGUCAAUUCCAAAGACCCAGGUGGGUUGUUUUGCUCCCCAGUUCUCAGGCUACCAGCAGCAGGACUCUCACGAGCUGCUGGCCUUCCUGUUGGACGAUCUACACAAGGACCUGAACCGUAUCAGGAAGAAACCCUACAUCCUGCUUAAAGAUGCUGAGGGCAGGCCUGACAAGGCAUGGGAGAACCACAUUAAGAGGAACGACUCCAUCAUCGUGGACAUCUUCCACGGCCUCUUCAAGUCCACUCUGGUGUGCCCCGUCUGCGCCAAGGUCUCCGUCACCUUUGAUCCCUUCUGCUACCUGACCCUGCCCAUGAAAAAGGAGCGCACACUGGAAGUCUACCUGGUCAGGCUGGACCCCCUGGCCAAACCCACACAGUAUAAACUGACUGUGCCCAAGGUGGGCUACAUAUCAGACCUCUGUACCUCGCUCUCUACUCCAUCUGGUGUUCCUGCUGAGAAAAUGAUUGUAAUAGAUAUCUACAACCAUCGGUUCCAUCGGAUAUUUGCCACCAAUGAGAACCUCAGCAGCAUCAUGGAGAGGGACGACAUCUAUGUCUUUGAAGUGGCAGUGAACCGGCUAGAGGACACAGACCAUGUGGUGAUCCCAGUCCACCUUAGAGAAAAGUACAAGCAGUCAGGGUACAACCACACCUCCACUCCUCUGUUUGGCCAGCCCUUCCUCAUCACCGUUCCCAGAACACUCAGCGAGGACAAGCUCUACAACAUGUUGCUGGUACAUCUCUGUGACAUGGAAAUGUCAGAGUUCCUGAUCGACCCUAAUGCUGGUCCCUGUCGCUACGAUCUCAUUGCGGUCUCCAACCACUAUGGAGAUACUGCUUAUGCGAAGAACAAGGAUGAUGACAACUUUGACAACAGCAGUGUCUCUCCAGCCAACAAAGAUCAGAUAGUGUCCAAAGCAGCGUACGUGCUGUUCUACCAACGCCAGGACACAGUGAAUGGAACAGGCUACUUCGAUCUGGACCGAGAGGAGGAGAACAGAGAAGGGGAGGAGGAGAGGAAGAGCGUCGCUUCAUCCCAGGGGGCCUCUGCUUCAGUCCAGAGCAACGAAGAUGUAAACGACAAUGUCACCAUGAAAACCAACUGAGCUGGAGAAACAGAGACAGAGCGAGAGACAACAAUAUCCAUCCUAAGCCAUAUCGACAGACACAAGAGCAGUGGGCCAGGCCUGAGGCUGUGCACUGACCUCUGACCCCAUCCAGCCCUAUAAAGAGUAGGCUACAGGGGAAAAUAAAAACUGAGACGUUUGUCAGUGCUGGAACACCCAAGCAACAUUACUAAAGAAAUCAGGGCCUAUAGAUGUCUGUGGCCUGACUGACCGGUCUUAUUCGUGUCGCAGUGAGUCUUCUCCAUGUCCAUUCUACAUGAAUCAUCCACUCUGGAGGAAAAAUAAAUCAAGCUCUGUUCUGAUUCUGAACAAUGACAUAAUCCUGAAAUCUAAUGGAUCCAUUAGAAGUGUUAGGAAGGCCUGCAUUACGAAGUUCAGUUCGUCAUAGAAUCAAGCACAGAAUGUCACAGUGCAGUGGUGUCGCUGCUUUGGCACUUCGAACCGAUACUCCCACCCACCUGCUUUAAUUUUGUUACGUUUUUAUAUUUUUGAGAGCGCAAUGCAUUACCAUACCAUUCUUUUUAAGCUAGGCCUUGUAAAUAUAUAUUUUUUAAUGAACACUGAAUUAUUAUUUUUAUUAAGUUUUAAUGAUGCGCUGAAGCCUUUUUGGGAAUAUGUCCUAAUACUUUUAUUUUGUUGCACAAUCACCUCUACCCUCAUUUAAAAAAAAAAGAGUCUUAUAUUAGUGUCACGUACUGCAAUUGCUUUACAAAUUACUCUGAGCCAGGGUCUUCUCAGUUAAAAUGCUUUGAAUGCCUUUUUAAACACUGGUCAACAGAACACACAUCCACACAUAGUGACUGCUCUGUGUAGAGUAGGAGUGCUGAUCUAUGAUCAUUUUUGCCUUUAGGAUCAUACUGAAUACGGUUAUAUGGACAGGGAGGGACCUGAUCCUAGAUCAGUCCUCCUACUCUGCUUUGUGUAUGUGAGGAGGAAGAGCAAAAUACAUUUCAUAAUGUAAAACAGCCAAACCAGUCAUGUGGUGAACUUGCAUUUUAGACACAACUAAUGUACACAAUAUGAGCCUUAUGAUUUAAGUGUUUCAUUCUGCUGGUCCUUACAGUAAGUAUCCUCCUAGCAGCAUGAAGUCAAGUUCCAGAAACAACCCCUAGACAGUUUUGUAGAUCUGAAAUGAUCAGAUAGGUAUGCGAAAUGGGGCGAAAAAUUCACCUAUCACAUGACAAGGUGGAGCUACUACCAUAUUGCUCACACCCAAUUCUUUCAGAUCUGCAUAAGUGAUUAGGAGACGUGUUUGCAUAUUAGGUAGGGGCUUUUCUGGGACGGACCCACCACUUUUAGGCUGUAUGUGGCAUUACUAGCUUUACAUGGCGUCUCCUCCGCUACCUGCUCCCUCUAGAGGCUUUUUGAGAUUAUGAAUAUUGGUGAUACAUUAGAUUUCUGUUUCUUGGUUGGAUCACCUCAGCCUUCACUCUUAAUCUCAGAUUGUAGUCUUUAGCACAUUAUUACGUCACGCUGUUUGUGCAUGGCCCCGAAAACACACACACACACACACACACACACACUUAAACAGGACACAGAUACGAGCUGAAACUCAUUCAUACACUCACAGGAACACUUACGUUCACACCCUCAACCCUACCUUUGCUGUUCCCAACAGAAACAUACAUGAAUAGCAACCGCUGCUACCGGAAUUCAAACUUCUUUUUUUUUUUGUCAAAUGCGAGAGCCCGAAUGUAUGCUGAAUGACUGACUUGAACUGAUCCACUUGUAAGGCCAGAUUGUUUUUUUGCCUCAUCUUUUCUUGCUUUGGUUAAAUGUGAGGGGGAAAUAGUAGAGGGUUUAUUACCUUUGAUAGAAAUACCUGGGUACUGCUGUAUGUGUCCACUCUUCCAAGGGAAAAUAAUUCUUCAUUGUGGUUUGAGCAUGGAGUAGGGUCUUUCGCUGUAGAGGGCGGGAGGGAUGGGUGGGUGAAGGGUAGUAUUACUGAUCAGCCUGAGUGGGUGAGAUAUGGUGAUUACAUAUAGGAUAUAUAAUACUGUACAUAAGAGUUCACUCUGUGAGUGCACAUUUGAUAAUAUUUAUUUAUUUAUAUGUAAGCAUUGAUAAAACAAAUAUAUAUAUUUAAAGACAUUGGCAAGACUGACGAAUUUAAUAGGGAUUUGGCUUUAUAGUCCACAAGUUCAGGGUUGUGUCCGAAAUGGCGCCCUAUACAUCAUGCUCUAUAUUUUGAACACACACCCAGAAUUCUUGACUGUGCUCUUCUCUUCUGGGGGAUUGAAUCUUUUUUAAAGAGCUAUUGUUCUGACUUUUUUUGUAAAGGUGAAUACAUUCAGUCAUCCUUGCAUAUGACAGGGUUUCCAGAUUUGGCUGCGUUUGAGUUCACUUGGGUUUACAUUUGAAAGGUGCAUGUGUAUUUAUACACACACUUCAAUAAAGUUGUGUAAAGCCUA